GUGCAUCCCGCUGCGCUGGCGAGAAUGCAGUCGACGGUGAUCCAGGAUGUGCUGAGGCGGAUGUUGGCGUCCGUAUUUCCAGGCGAGAGGGCGAGGAUGCCGGCGUCGGCGCCUCCCGGUGCGCCGACGAGGAUGCAGACGACGGUGAUCCAGGCUGUGCUGAGGAGUGAGCUGGCUUCCAUACUCCCAGAUGCAAGGGCGAGGAUGCUGGCGUCGGCGCCUCCCGCUGCGCGGGCGAGGAUGCAGGCGACGGUAAUCAAGGUUGCGCCAAGGAGGAUGCUGGCGUCCGUACUCCACGAUGACAGCGCGAAGAUACUAGCGCAGGCGCUUCCCGCUGCGCCGACGAAGAUGCAGGCGACGGUGAUUCAGACUGCGCUGAGGAGGACUCCGGCGUCCGUACCCCCCGAUGCGAGGGCGAAGAUGCUAGCGUUGGUGCCUUCCGCUGCGCCAGCGAGGAUGCAGGCGACGGUGAUCCUGGCUGCGCUGAGGAGGGCGAUGGCAUCCGCGCUCCCCGAUGCGAGGGCGGGGACGCUGGCGUCGGCGCCUCCCGCUGCGCGGGCGAGGAUGCAGGUGACAGCGAUCCAGGCUGCGCCGACGAGGACGCAGCCGACGGUGAUCCAGGAUGCGCAGAGGAGCAUGUCGGCGCCCGUAUUUCCCGGCGCGAGGGCGAGGACGCUGACGUCGGUGCCUCCUGGCGCGCCCGCGAGGAUGCAGGCGACGGUGAUCCAGGAUAUCAGCGCAGGCGGUUUCCGCUGCGCCGACGAAGAUGCGGGCGACGGUGAUCCGGGCUGCGCUGAGGAGGACGCCGGCGCCCGCACUCCCCGAUGCGGGGGCGGAGAUGCCAGCGGCGAUGCCUCCUGUUGCACGCAAGCGACGGUGAUCCAGGCCGCGCCGAGGACGGCGAUGGCUUCCGCACUCCCCAGUGCGAGGGCGAGGACGCUGGCGCCGGUGCCUCCAGCUGCGCCGGGCGAGGAUGCAGGCGACGGCGAUCCAGGCUGCGCCGACGAGGAUGCCAGCGUCCGCACUCCCCGCUGCGCUGGCGAGAAUGCUAGCGCAGGCGCUUCCCGCUGCGCGGGCGAGAAUGCAGGCGACGGUGCACUCCCCGAUGCGAGGGCGAGGAUGCUGGCGCCGGUGCCUCCCGCUGCGCCGCCGAGGACGCAGCAGACUGUGAUCCAGGAU